ACAGCUGCAGCCAGACUCCUCCGUUACCGCGACCACCGACAUGUGUUCCAAGAGUUUCACCAGAUCCCUGGGCUUUGCACUUAUCCCUCUGGCACUCUGCUGCGUUAUAGCGAAUAUCCUCCUCUAUUUCCCCAACGCCGAGUCCAAACACGUCCAGCAGGACCACUUGAGCAAGUAUGUGUGGUUCUUCACUGGGAUAGUUGGAGGUGGCGCAGUGAUGAUCCUGCCCGUGCUGGUGUUCAUAAACCUGAAGAAGUGUGCUAACUGCUGUGCGAGUGAGGGAGCCGCGAUGUGCAGUUCUGUAUUGGCUGCGCUGGUUGGACUGGCCGGAGCAGGAUACUGCUUCAUUGUCUCUGAUUUGGCGCUGAUAGAGGGACCGUUCUGCUUGUACAACGGGGAGUGGCAGAGCCCGUUCGCCAACCAGAGUGGAGAUUACCUCUUCCUCACUGAGAACUGGACCAGUUGUGUGGAGCCCCCUAGGGUUGUGGAGUGGAACGUCAGUUUGUUCUCCAUUUUGAUGGGCCUCAGCGGUCUGGAGUGCAUCAUAUGCGCCGUGCAGCUGGCCAACGGGCUGGUGGCCGCCGUGUGCCGUCCCUGCUGCUACAAACAGCACUACAGCCUCAACGCCUGAGGACAGCCAUCGGAGACUCACCGGAGAAUCACCGGAGACUCACCGGAGUCUCACCGGAGACUCACUUUCACAUACUUCCUGCCCCCACUUUAGACACAAGUUGUUUUAAAGCAAACAACUGUUUUGACCAUUAUUCAGAAUGAAAUUCUUCACGUUUUAAAAAACACUCCUGCUGAAUUUUCAAAUGCUGGGAAGAUACAAAACAAAUGAACAAUUUUGCUCUGAAUAUUGGUGGAAAUAAAUAUUUCAGUUAAAAUUGCAGGAAUUUUACUGCUAUCGAAAGGACUAUUAUUAUUGUAAAUAUUUGAGAUAAAGUAUUUGACCCAGGUCGAAACGACCUCCACUGCUUUUAUGCGCUGGAAAUAACAGAUUGGCUGGUUUAUUUUCUGGGUCAGUAUCCACACGCUUUACAGAAAAUAAGCAGGCUUUGCAUUGUUUAUAUUUUACUACUAUAUAUUUCAGCACUGAACAGAUGAGAUACUCACAGUAUGAAUGUGUCAAUGUUUUUUUAUUGAACUGUAGUUUUAUGUAGUUUUGUCUUCUGUUGUGGUUUAUUUUUAUUUGAAUAACUUUUUCUAAAGGUCAUGCAUAAGUUUUUAUGUUCAGUAAAAUUAGAGUAUAUUGUAAAUUAUGUUUGUUGUCUGAAGAUGUUAGAUUGAUGACAGUUGAAAAAUGAUGGCAGAAUACUAUUAUAAUUUAAUUUUGAAUUGAGUCAGAUUUUACAAUGGUCUCAUUUGUAUGAUAAUUGCACUUGUCUUUAAUAAAUAAACUUUUUUUAUUUUAAA